UCCACCCUUUGUAAAGUAUCACGGGACAAACUCACUUACAGAAGGACAAGAAGUGUCAGAUAUCAUUCAUCUAUACAGACUUCUCAAGGAAAUUUUGUGACUCAUCAAAAUACAGGUGAAAUUAACCAUUGCAGCAACUUCAAUAAGAACACUCAAGAAACGUAACGACAAGACCUUUAAAGACUGGAGAAACUGCAGUUGAAUUAUAGAGGCAGAGAUGGACACUGGGUCAUUUAGCAGGAGACAAUGGGCAUCACAGUCUUUACGGAUAACAGCUAAAGAGAUAUCAUUGGUUGGGAGCCGUGGUAAGGGUAAUGCCAUCGCUGAACGGUUUUCAAAAUAUCAGAAAGCUGCUGAGGAGAUAAGUGGAGACAAAAAAAAAUUGUCUGUUGACAGUUUGCCUCCAACAACCUUGCGGUCUGGAAACCUGAGCUUGCUAAAGAAACGCUGGGAACAGGACAAAUCUGCUCCUCAGCUAAGCGUGGCACCUGUGAGCAAAGCUGCUUCCUCCAAACCCAAUGGUCCAAAAGAACAAUCCAAAUUCGUGCAACAAUACAGCUUGACCCAACAGCCGAUGUCCUGUGAGGGAUCUGCAAAAAUAAAGGCAGAGGUGGUGACUAAACGGGAGGGGCAAAUGGAGGAAGAGGCAGAAAACAGAGCUGAAUCAGAUCCACUCUCUCCAUCUUCUGUGGAAAAACCGGCUGCUCCUCUCAACAACCUCAAAGAAAUGUAUCAAAAGGACAAAAGCAAGGUACAAAAAGAAGCAAGCAAGAGCACAGAGGACAUAGACACACAGACUGCAAAUAAAGCUAAUGAGAAUCCCAUCAUAGGUACACCCAGUCUGAAGCGCAGUGCCUCUAUAAGAGACAGGAUGACAAAGUAUCAGGCCGCAGUUACCAGACAGACGUCUUUUACUAGACCGUGCUCUGUAAACCAGGCUGAGGGCAGUAUUUCCAACACAGAUCUUAAUGAGAAUACACCCCCUGCUGCUGAUGAAAAGACAUCGGUUAACCAGGCCGAGGGCAGUAUUUCCAACAAAGAUCAUAAAAUGAAUACACCCCCUACUGCUGAUGAACAGAUAGCGAACACCUUUCCAGAGUCAACCUGUCCAAAGGCCAAUGGAAUGCAUGUUAACACAACAAGUUCCUGCACAGCAGCUCCUGUAUCAGAGAACAAAGAUCUGCCCAAAGCGACAAAGAAGUUUUAUGUGUCUGUCAAGGAGAGCUGUGUGACAUGCCAAAAGACUGUUUAUCCACUGGAGAAAAUCAUUGCUGAUCAACAGAUUUAUCACAAGACUUGCUUCUGUUGUGCCUUCUGCAGUACCAAACUCAGAUUGGGGACCUAUGCUUCCUUAAAUGGUAAAAUCUACUGUAAACCUCACUUCAGCCAGCUUUUUAAGUCAAAGGGGAACUAUGACGAGGGCUUUGGCCAUCGGCCUCAUAAGGAAUUAUGGAUGGCUCGAACAAUCAAAGAGGAAUCAGAGAAAAGUGAAAAGCCAAACUGUCCAGUGAUAGAUCGUGGGUUGGUGAAUGCUCCAAAACAACUGAGCCCUAAAGUGAAUGUGUCAGAAUUCACUGACCAAACCACAGCGCUGGAUACAAGAAGUCAAGCCUCUGGCUCUAUAAAAACUACACAAACCACUGUCGUAGAAACAAGAAGAGUGAGAGUGGCAUGGCCACCACCUGCCGAAAAUGAAGAAAUCUCUAAUGUCUCCAGCCCACCCACUCAAAGUGCAAGGAGUCCAUUCAAGCUUUUCCGACCAAAGUGGCCUCCAGAGGAAGAAACUCCAUCCGCUCAUCAGAGCCCUAAAAGAGAAGAACUGAAAGGCCUGCGACGUAGCUCCUCGCUCAAAGAGCGAAGCCGUCCCUUUUCUGUGGCACCUAGCUUGAAAAUCUCCAAACAUAUACAAAAUGAGCUAAAAUCCUUUGAAAAACCUCGACAAGGAUCGCUGGAGGACCUUCCCUCACUGUCAAGAAAAAAAACUGAGCAAAACAAUGUGCAAACUGAGGCAGAAUUCACAGGGGAAGUAAAUAAUAUAAAUGAAGUAAAAAAUAAAGAGAACGUGUCCACUUAUCAAAUUCAAGAGAAUUCUGCCAAACCAGGCAAAGAAAAGGUGCCCCCUUCUAUUCUAAAAAAGCCACAACAAACGAAAAAAGAGGCUCAGCUACAACAAACCAAAAAUGAGACACAGCAACAAACAAAAGAUGGGGAUGAGCCACAAAGCAAAAAUGGGGCUCAGCGACAAGCACUAAAGGAGACUGAGCAUAAGAAAACAAAGAGAGAGAUCGAGUCACAACAAACAAAACAAGAGGCGGAGCUGCAAGCAAAGAAGAAGUCUGAGCCACAACAGGUAAAAGGGGAAAUUCGGAAAGAUUGCAUGAAAGAUAAGGGUGAAACGGUCAGUUGCUUCAACAGCCAAAACACAUUGGCCUCCACACAUGUGGAAGAUAAAGCCCCCAUAACAUCCCAGGAUUCUGAAAGCUUCUGUGAUGGUGAGGACGCUGAGGAGUCUCUGACUGUAGAGGAAAUGAUCAAGAGAAAUCGCUACUAUGAUGAUGAAGAUGACGAGGAAGUGGCAUUAGUUUAACAAGAUUUAUCAUGGAACUUCACUAUUACUCAUGUAAAACCACUAUUACCAUAUGAUGAUCUACUCCUGAAUACUAUAUCAGAAAAUAUGCAAAAACAACUUACAUGUUUUUAACUUACACACACAUAUAAAACAAUUAGUACAUCUAAAUUGUCACUACUGUUCAAUGGUUUAGGGUCACUUGAGGGAAAGGUUACAAACCUUUUGAAAGUGUUUGUUGAAAUAUCUGAAAUAAGCUUUGUACACAUAUGGUUAUUUUUUUUAAUUUUCACCGAUUUAUGUUUUAUUUAAGACAAAUGACGUGGAUCAAAAUGAUACUUCUGGUUUCUUUUUACCUCUAUUUCCAAAAGUUUAACCAAACUGGGAGAUUUUAAAUUUGUUUAGAUUUCAUUUGAGUAGAUUUUAAACAAAUUUUGUGGAUACUAUCAUCAAAACAAUGAUCAAACAGACUUUGUUUGCUUUUUUAUCUCUUUUUAUUGAUUACUGUACAUUAAUUAGUUGACGUUAAAUGUGGAAAUGACAAGCAUGUGUUUUUUAUGGUUCUGUGACAUGAUAACAUUAAAUAAAAUGAGUUGUUAAAAUAAA